AUGGAUCAAGCAGCAGCACAACCUCGAAAAUGCCCCGGCCUCGAUUGCAGCAAUGAUGCGAGCACUCUUCAGUGUCCAAAGUGCAAGGAUAUGGGUGUCGAAAGCUUCUUCUGCUCACAAGACUGUUUCAAGCGAAGUUGGGCAGAACACAAGACCUUACACAAGAGUACGAACCCUUUGCGGAAUUUUGUUGCGCCGAAAGUUGUAUCUAAAGUUGAUCCAGAGACUGGCAAAUUCAAUCCAUACCCAACAUAUCCAUUCACUGGACCAUUGAGGCCUGUGUAUCCGCUCAGUCCGAAGAGAGAAGUCCCGAAACACAUACCACACCCCGCCUGGUCAGUCGAUGGAAAUCCAAGAUACUCGUUUGCGAAGAGAAACCAUAUCGAGAUACUGGACGAGAAGGCGCAAAAUGCGAUGCGAAAGUCGUGCAAACUGGCUAGAGAAGUGCUUGAUAUUGUGGGCGCAGCUGUCAAGCCUGGGGUGACCACAGAUAAGCUGGACGAGAUAUGUCACAACGCUUGCAUAGAACGGAACUCAUACCCUUCACCUCUCAACUACAACAGCUUCCCGAAAUCGAUAUGUACUUCGGUCAAUGAGGUGAUAUGUCACGGCAUUCCAGAUCAGCGGCCACUAGAAGACGGCGAUAUCGUCAAUCUGGAUGUGUCCUUAUGGUUUGAGGGCUACCACUCCGACCUUAACGAGACAUACUACGUUGGCGAAAAGGCUCGCACGAACCCAGACCUUGUACGCCUGGUAGAGACUACAAGGCAAUGCCUUGACCUGGCCAUUGCACAUGCGAAGCCUGGUGUAGCCUUCAAGGAAUUCGGGGAUGUGAUCGAAAAACAUGCAAAAUCACAAGGUCUUGGUGUGGUGAAGACGUACUGUGGUCACGGCAUCAACACGUUGUUCCACGGCGCACCCAACGUACCCCACUACGCAAAGAACAAGGCAGUGGGACGACUGAGGCCUGGCAUGACUUUCACGAUAGAACCUAUGGUCACGUUAGGUUCCUACAAGGAUAAGACCUGGCCUGAUGACUGGACAAGUGUCACCGUUGAUGGACAACAGACCGCCCAAUUUGAGCACACAUUACUUGUCACAGAGACGGGAAUUGAGGUAUUGACAGCCAGGAAGGCAGACAGCCCAGGUGGUCCGAUAAAGCUCGACUCGGCUGAACAAAAUGGCCAUGCAGAAAAACCGACGUCGACUGAAUGA